UUAUCUAUGUAGUAUUAAAUAUAAGUUUUUUGAUAUUCUUUAUCUUUAGUAUAUCAUCAUGUUCGCUAAUGAUCGCUCCUGAUGUGCGUCGGAUAUAUUUUGACAACAAAAUUUUAAGUAAGGUAAAUGUUAUCGUUUUCACAGCUAAAUAUCGGUGAAAAAACCGCUCGUCAUCCCGGUACUUGCAAUAUCGACUUUAAGACCCCAAUAAAAUGGCAGAUAAGACAGAGGAGAAAAAUACAGAUGAGAUUAAGAAGGAUAAAUCUAAACUAGACGCGAAAUUUGUCGAUGCUGAGGAAGAAGCUAUAACGAAUUCAUCUUUUAUAGGAUUGUACAGAUUCUCAACAAGAUGCGACAAAUUCCUACUAUUCAUCGGAGUGAUCAAUGCGCUAGUAUCUGGAGCCCUCCAGCCCUUAAACAACAUACUUUUCGGAGACCUGAUUCAGGAAAUCGUCAACUACGCAAUAGGUCUAUCAUCAGCAGAAACUAUGAUGGAGGCAAUCAGAUAUUUCGCCUUAUGGAACACGGUGAUCGGUAUAGGGAUAUUCAUAACCAGCUACAUAGCCGCUGAGACUUUUAAUUAUACAGCAAUCAAACAGAUUCUACGAGUACGUUCCAACUAUGUAGAAAAAUUACUAAACAAAGAUGUUCCAUGGUUCGACGUUCACCAAUCUGGAGAUUUCGCUAGUAGAAUGGCCGAUGAUUUGAGCAAAUUCGAAGACGGAAUCGGUGAAAAAGUCCCUUUGUUCCUUAUACUGCAAGCAACGUUCGUAGCAUCCCUGGUCAUAGCUCUGACGAGGGGUUGGGAACUGGCACUUAUUUGUUUGACGUCACUUCCGCUCUCUCUUAUAGCAGUUGGCCUUAUAUUUUUCUUGUCUACAAAAUUAUCUAAAAACGAACUGGAUGCCUACGCCUCGGCAGGAUCAAUAGCCGAAGAAGUUUUAACAUCAAUACGUACAGUGGUGGCCUUUGGAGGACAACUUUUAGAAAAGAAAAGGUACGAUGAUAACUUAGAUAUCGCGAAAAAGAACAACAUUAAAAGAUCGUUUUUCGAGGCGCUGGGUUUCGCAGUACUUUGGUUCUUUAUCUACGCCAGUUAUGGGUUAGCCUUUUGGUACGGUGUUGGGCUGGUACUAAGUGACGAUCCACGGUACAGCAGUUACAAUGCCGGAAACAUGAUCACGGUAUUUUUCAGUGUUAUGGCUGGCAGUAUGAGCUUUGGAGUGGCUUCGCCGUUCAUAGAAGCUUUUUCGAUGGCUAAAGCUGCGGGUGGUAAAGUUUUCCAUAUUAUCGACGGUUUACCGAAAAUUAAUUUAUCCAAAAACAACGGAGAAAAACUACCUCAAGUGCGUGGAAAUAUUAAAUUUCAAGAUGUCAAUUUCCAUUAUCCCUCUAGAAAAGAUGUACCAAUUCUUCAAGGAAUUAAUAUUGAAAUUAAUCCUGGAGAAACAGUAGCCCUAGUAGGCAGUUCUGGAUGUGGAAAAUCAACAGUUCUGCAGUUAAUUCAACGAUUCUAUGAUCCCUUAUCUGGAAAGGUAUUUAUUGAUGGAAAAGACCUAAGAGAUUUAGAUUUAACAUGGUAUAGAAAAAACAUCGGGGUCGUUAGUCAAGAACCUAUUUUAUUUGAUACCACAAUCGAAGAGAAUAUUAGAUAUGGAAACACAGAAGCUACAGAAAAGGAUAUAAUUGAGGCGAGUAUGAUGGCUAAUGCUCAUGGUUUUAUCAAGAAACUUCCUAGCGGAUACAAAACGCUUGUAGGAGAAAGAGGGGCUCAGUUAUCAGGUGGCCAAAAACAAAGAAUAGCUAUAGCAAGAGCAUUAGUGAGAAAUCCAGCAAUAUUGCUAUUAGAUGAAGCGACAUCAGCUUUAGAUACCAACAGCGAGGCUAAAGUUCAAGCAGCUUUAGACAAGGCCAGUCAAAACAGAACUACGAUUAUAGUGGCCCACAGGUUAUCUACAAUUAGGGGAGCAAAUAAAAUUUUCGUAGUGUCAAAUGGUAAAGUCGUAGAAGAAGGAACUCACGAACAACUUCUGAAAUUGGGAGGACAUUACUUCACUCUAGUUACCACACAAGUUCAAGGAAACGAAGAAUUUAAAAAUACUAAUUACGGGGACGAAAAAUCGACGCUGUUAGAUGACUUCAAGGAUGACACAGAGGAAGAAAUCAUUGUAAAUGUAGCGAACAACGAGGCAGAUUCGGACAGUUUCGUGAAGAAAGCCUCCCUGUGGUCCAUCGUGAAACUGAACAGUCCCGAAUGGUUCCUGCUCUUUCUGGGUAGUUUGGGUGCCGCUCUGAUGGGCUUCUCCAUGCCAAUUUUCGCCAUUUUGUUCGGCAACAUUGUCCAGGUAUUCGACAACCCCGAUCACGACUACGUCAGGAGCGAAACGGACAAAUACUCGCUGUAUUUCGUAUUAGCUGGGGUCCUAGCCAUGGUUGCAACAUUUUUACAGAUGUAUAUGUUUGGAAGAGCCGGUCAAAAGCUGACCUACCGCAUUCGAAGUAGAAUGUUCCAAGCAAUGCUCAAGCAAGAAAUGGGUUACUUUGACAGAAAAGAGAACGGAGUCGGUGCUCUAUGUGCUCAGCUCUCCAACGAAGCAGCUCAAGUCCAAGGCGCUACUGGUCAACGAAUUGGUGCCAUAGUGAAUUCGGCAUCCACUCUGUUUUUGGCCGUUGGUUUGGCAAUGUACUACCAAUGGAAACUGGGACUGGUUGCUCUAUCGUUCUUUCCAUUGAUCGUCAUAGCUACUUUCCUUCAAAGGAGACAGAUGGCUGGUGAAAACGAAGCUUACAGAAAAUCUUUAGAAAGAUCAACUAAGAUUGCAGUCGAAGGUGUUGGCAAUAUAAGAACUGUAGUGUCUUUGGGCUGUGAAAAAAUCUUUUACAAUUUGUAUAUUGACGAACUAGCCCCUCAUAUUAAGACAAGUCUAAGAGCAACGCAUUCCAGAUCACUAGUAUUAGGUUUUUCUAGAGCUAUUAUACUGUUCGCCUUCUCUGCGUGUCUGUAUUAUGGUGGAUUUCUCAUCAGAGAUGAUCGCGUUCCCUAUGGUGACGUCAUGAAAGUGGCACAAGCGUUAAUUAUGGGAACAGUGUCCAUAGCAAAUUCAUUGGCGUUUACACCGAAUUUAGAAAAAGGGUUGAUCGCAGCCAAGAAAGUUAUGACUCUUAUCAAUAGAAUUCCUAGAGUUGAUGACGCUAUGGGUGCUAUCGCAAAAGAAAAAGCCGAUGGAAACAUAACAUACUCAGACAUUUAUUUCCACUACCCAACAAGAGAAAACAUCCAAGUUUUGAAAGGUCUAGAUUUAUCAGUGCUUCAAGGAAAAACAGUGGCUUUAGUUGGCCCUAGUGGUUGUGGAAAAUCAACCAUUGUCCAACUAAUUGAAAGAUUCUACGAUCCAAAAUCCGGAACUGUUUCACUAGACGAUCAAAAUAUUAAGUCUAUUACUUUAGCUUCACUAAGGUCUCAUCUAGGUAUCGUUUCUCAGGAACCAAAUUUGUUUAGUAGAACGAUAGGAGAAAAUAUAGCUUAUGGAGAUACAGGUAGAGAGGUUUCUAUGGCCGAGAUAAUGGAAGCAGCUACGAAUGCAAACAUACACAACUUUAUAACACAACUACCUCUAGGUUAUAACACGCAGCUCGGUGAGAAAGGCACUCAGCUAUCAGGUGGUCAAAAGCAAAGGAUAGCUAUUGCUCGUGCAUUGAUUAGAAACCCUAAAGUACUACUUCUCGAUGAAGCUACGUCAGCUUUAGAUGUAGAAAGUGAAAAGAUUGUCCAAGAAGCAUUAGAUAAUGCCAAACAAGGCAGAACGUGUAUUACCAUCGCCCAUCGUUUGACAACCAUCCAGGAUGCCGACCUCAUAUGUGUGAUCAGUGAAGGCAAAGUAGCAGAACAAGGCACCCAUAAAGAACUUAUCCAGAAACGGGGGCUGUACUUUGGAUUGCACGCGCUACAAAGUUCCUAAUUAGUUAAGUAGAAAAUUUAGUAGUAUUAUGUGUAUAUAAGAAUGUUAUAUUUAUUGUAAACAAAUUUGUCUGUCAGUGAGGUGAAAAAUAAAACACUUUUAUAUAAA